UUGUUUAAACAACUGUAGUUUGUAACAAAAAUAUUGAUUUUUUAUUUAAUUAAUCGCGCCUGCGCAUCCGUGUGUAACAAAUUCCGUACGAAACGUGCUCGCCUUAUAUACGCACAACCAUAGUGAAAAUAUUUGUUUACAUCUGGUGGCCUGUUAGUGCUGUCCUAAAUAUCGAGAAGUUUUCCUCAAACAAACUCUCCCGAAAUGAUGUCUUGCCAGGAUCUAAAUCUUCUGAGUUAGUGAACAGUGUUCCAGUCGCCGAGGUCGCAUCUGGAUGGCUCCCAUGGAAUUUAAUUGCCUCGUUUGUCGUCGCAGUUGCUGGUGCUGUGGUGGGCUCGGUGGCAGUGGCACCCAAAAAGAAUGGAAACCUAUCGUCUAAAUCUGCAACUACCCAACAACAAUAACAACAGCAACCACAGCAAAAAUGGCCAAAGCCGUGCCACAACUCUGGUCAAAUCACAAAGCAGUGGCAAACUUAAUAAGAACAGCGAAGCAGAGGCGACAACGACCAGCACUUUACGAGCGGCCAAGCUUAAAAUCGAGGCCAUGCAACAGCAACAGCAACAGCAGCAACACCAGCAGCAAAAACAACAGCUUAGCAGCAACGGCAGCAACUUCAUCUUGCUGCGCGGCACGCGCAAUGAAAAUGGUCAAAUCGUCAUACAAAAUAAGCAGGACAUUUUAAGUCUGUUGAACGAGCAGCAACAGCAGCAGCAGCAGCAACAGGAGAAAGCAACUGCCAUUACGUUAAACCAGCUGCCGACAACAACAACAAUAGCGCGUAAGACCAUUCUACAAACGACCAAUGCCAGCUCAAGCAUUUCCAUUCUCGCUACCAACAACAAUAAUCUGGCCAAGGACUCCAUUAGCAGUAGCAACAAUGGCAACACCAUUCUGUUGCAAACACCUAUUAAUGCUACUCAGUUGGAGAGUGUAUUGAAGGCGCAGGGUGCGCCGGCCAUAUCAACAGCAACAGCAACAACAACAACAACAACGAAGCAUAGUCUGGUUACUGUCUCCGACAAGGCAGCAGCAGCAUCUGCAGCAACAACAGCAACAUCCAAACUCAUUGAACGUCCAUUUAUGUUGAAACAUGCCUCGCGUAGUCUUAGCUCGGAAAGCAAUUGCGACAGCAAAUCUCCGUUUGUGUUGCAGACCCUUAAACGCUUGGAGAAGUCACAGUCCAUACUGGUUAUACGCAAUUCGUCGUCUGGCUCUGCGGUGAGCAGCACGACCAACAUCAACAAUACAAGCAGCAAUGGUGGCAGCAGCAACAACGCCCAGACACAGCAUGUGCUGAGCGUAACACGAACUGCGAAGGCGCCCAAAGGUGUGGCCACAACGUUGCAUAAGCUCAAAGCACCACCGGCAACGGCUACGGCAGCAACAACAACAACGCCGGCAACUACUAUCUACCGUUUGGGCAGCACUAACAAUGGCACAACGUUGGCCGUCAAGCAGUUGAGUAGCAGCAACAACAAUAAUUGCAGCAGUAACAACAAUAAGCAACAGCUUGAAGCGCUGGAGCGUCUGAGUGUGAAUGCCACAGCGACGACAACAACUACAGCAACGGUCAAUAAAUUGUGUUUAACAGCAACAACGACAACAACAUCACCAGUUGAGCAGCAGCAGCAGCAACAGCAACAGCAACAGCAACAGCAGCUGAAACAACAACAGCAACAACAACUAACGUCAACGCAAAUGAAUGUGCCACUUGGGAACGAUGGCGAACCCAUCAAACUACCCGACAAUUUGGAGAGCUUGCCAAGAGCUGACAGUUUUCCGUCACAGCGUCAUCGUUGGAAUACAAAUGAGGAAAUUGCUGCGAUUCUUAUCAGCUUUGACAAACAUAGCGAAUGGCAAUCAAAAGAAGUCAAAACAAGGCCGAAGAGCGGUUCCUUGCUACUCUAUUCGCGUAAGAAGGUGCGAUACCGACGUGAUGGCUAUUGCUGGAAGAAGCGCAAGGAUGGGAAGACAACGCGCGAGGAUCACAUGAAACUGAAAGUACAAGGCACUGAGUGCAUCUACGGUUGUUAUGUACACUCGGCCAUAUUGCCGACAUUUCAUCGCAGAUGUUACUGGUUGUUACAGAAUCCGGACAUUGUUUUGGUGCACUACCUAAAUGUCCCCUAUCCGGACGACAACAAGAUGUCCGUAAUUGCGCCCAGCAUCACGCUCUGGGGCGAUAAGAAGGAGUGGACAAAGGAGGAGCUCGUCAGCCAGUUGAAGCCCAUGUUAUCCACCGUGAACUCAGAUGACGACUCCGAUUCAGGAAACGACAUCGAAAUAUCGACGGCCGAAACGGUGGAGUCCAUUGUGUGCCAGCUGAUGGAGAAGCAGCGGCUUUCCCGACAGGCAGCCCUAGUCAAACAGUUGGACUGCGGCUGCGGAGAUGCGGGUUGCGCCGAUGGAAAGACCUGCACGCAUCCGGUAAUGCGACGCACGGGUAUUCUGAAGUCCGUCUCGGAGAAGCGACUGAGCGAGGGCUUCAAUUCUCACAAUGGCGUCAAUGGUACCCCGAAUGUUGUGGUAGCCACCAAGCUCUACUCGCGCUGGUCGGAGCGCCAUCGACAGCGCGAUGCCAUGCAUCUGGACAAUCCACACGCCCAGUUCCACAAUGCCACACAACAAUUGCCGCAGGAGUCGGCCAUUAAAUUUCAAAUCAUUCCGCCGCAACACCAGCAGCAACAACAACAACAACAGAGUUCUCAUAGCGAUGGUAAUUAUCAGCAGCAAUAUCGUGGUUCGUCUACUCAAAUGGUAGCCACAAGAAGCAAUUUGAUAAUACAGCAGCAACAGCAGCAACAACAGCAGCAGCAACAGCAACAACAACAACAACAGCAAAACCACUCAAAUUAUCAGCAACAGCAACAACAAACGCAGCAGCAUCAACUAAACUUACAACGCUUUGUGGCAAGUCACAAUCAGAGCAAUCAAAGUCACAGUCAUAAUAAUAGUAAUCCAACACAUUUAAAUCAUCGCCUGCAGAUUGCUAAUACAACAAUCACAGCAACGACGAGGGAGGCGGCAGCAGUGGCAGCAGCAGCUGCUGCUUCAGCUGCUGCUUCCUCAAGUGUCAUGGAGACAGAGAUAAUUGAAAACCAAACUCACAUGACCACAAAUGUAAAUUCCAAUAAAAUCAGCAGCCACAGCACAAAUAACUGUAGCAGCAGUAGCAGCAACAGUAGCAGUGGCAAGCAAUUAGAAGCGGGGGCAACAGCAAAGAGUCAGGGGGCAGCAGCCUCAACAAACAACGAAUUAAAUGUCGUAAAUAGUAAUGGUUCUGGGGUCAACAGCAACAGCAACAACAACACCAACAACAGCAAUAACGCCAGCAACAACAACUUCAUCUAUAACAAUCAACAGCAACAAAUAAAUGCUUCCAACACCAACAGCAACAACAACAACAACAACACAAACAAUCACCAGCAGCAGCAGCAGCAGCAGCAACAACAUUAUUAUAAAUUGCAGGAGACAACGCAUGGCACGACUACUGGACUCACACCUGCAGGACAUGCGCCUGUUGAGGCGAUGUGCAUGUCACCUGAGCAUCACAGCGCGCGCAACCAACCCCUGCAUGCAGUUUUGUCUUCCGCUGGCAACACUCCUUCCAGUUCGGCCACAUGCUCCACCUCAAGUUCCUUACAGUCGAUUAUUGAUGGCAAUCAACAGCAACAAAUUACAACGACAGCAACACCAGCAACAGCAGCAACGACGUCAGCGGCGACAGCAGCAGCAGCAACAACAACAACAACAAAUUGUGAUAAUUUAAUGAGCGGAGAGUUGGAAGUGAACGGCAAUGAACCGCAAAAACGCGUGACUGGAGGAGACGGCUACAACAACAACAACAAUCAGGUCGCAGACUGCCACAAAUCCCAAAAUGGUUGUGCAAACUUCAGUGCUUCCAGCGAUAAUAGCAGCCAAAUCAGCGCUAGCGACGAGAGCAGCUUUGGUCCUAUGGAGCUUAGUUCAACCGUCAACAAUCAGAGUACCAGCAACAGCAGCAACAUCAGCAACAGUGUUGGCAACAGCAAUGAGGAGUUGGAGCAGCCGGCAAGUGCCAGCAACGAAACCUUGAGCUUUUUCAAUGAAACCCUGGACUUGUCCCAUGAAGAUUUGCAGCGCACGCUCAUUGCCAAUAUGCCGUAUAACAACAACAACAACAACAGCAGCAACAACGACACAACCAUCAUUGCCAACAAUUGUGUGGAGUCGCUUAACAAUGCGGAGCAACAAAAGCGCAGUACACCGUGCCACGACACCGAGGGGGACGACGAAGACGCGGAAGAUGUCUUUGCCAAUUUGGAUGCUUUUGAUAUGCUAGUGGAGUUUCCCGAACUGGAUCUGGAUGAUAAGCAGGCCUUGAGCAACACAGCUCACGAGCAUGGACACGGACAUGGACUGCACUCCGGAGCCUAUCUGGAGGAGGUGGCUGCCCAGACGACGAUGCCUGGUGUGCCACAGUGCGAUCGAAAAUUACUGAACAUCUGUGACUUCAGUCCGGAAUGGUCCUACACCGAGGGUGGCGUCAAGGUGCUUGUGGCUGGUCCCUGGACAAGUAAUGCCACGUACACGGUUCUCUUCGAUGCGGAACCUGUGCCCACUGUGUUGGUGCAGGAGGGCGUGCUGCGCUGCUACUGUCCGGCACAUGAGCCGGGAUUCGUAACGCUUCAGGUCGCCUGUGAUGGCUUCCUAGUAUCCAACUCCGUUAUGUUCGAGUACAAGAUGUCGUUGCUCGCGGACGCGCCUUUCGAUGCGAGCAGCUCCAAUGAUUGUCUCUACAAGUUUACUCUGCUCAAUCGCUUGUCGGCCAUUGAGGAAAAAUUGCUGCUCAAAGCUGAGCAGGAUUUGACGUCUGACCACACGGCUCUCUAUUUGGAGCCUAAAUUUGAGGAGAAAUUGGUUGGCUAUUGCCAGAAGCUCACUAAGAACGCAUGGUCUGCCCAAAGUAGCGGCAAUUGGAGCGCGGGCUUCCGUGGACUUACAUUACUACACUUGGCCGCCGCAUUGGGCUACUCAAAGGUGGUGUGUGCUUUGUUGAAUUGGCGCGCGGAGAACCCACAUAUCAUACUCGAAACAGAGCUAGACGCGCUGAGCCAGGAUAUACAUGGAUACACGCCGUUGGCCUGGGCCUGUGUGCGCGGCCACACUGAGUGCGCUCUCAUAUUGUACAAAUGGAAUCAUAAUGCGCUGAAGAUCAAGACGCAUGCCCAGCAAUCUCCGUUGGAUCUGGCCCACCUGAAGGGUCACAAGCAGAUUCUGGCACAGAUUUAUCGGCUGGAGAAGGAGCGUUGCCGCAAACCGCAAAUGCGCGGCACUCUGGCCAAUCUAUCAAUGAGCAUGGCCCGCUCGCUUCAUGGCUCGGAGGCAGACGCUGAGGACCAAACCUACAAUGCAUACGAAUUGGAGCUGCAGCGCAAGCACGAUGGAGUAUUUCUGCGACCUGUCGCAGUCCAUAGCAACCAAAGUCCACCUAACAACUCGCGCUAUGCCAAACGCUCGUCGGUUGACAGCGGCAUUAACAUGGAUAUUCGAGGCAAGUCGGGCAAGCCGUUAAGCAGAUUGCACAGCAGCAAUUUCGAGUCGUUUGAUUACGCACUGGGCGUUGACUCGCCACUGGACUCCCUGACCACCAACUCGUUGCUCUCGCCUCUUCGCAAAAUGGACUUUGCUCUGUGCGAGGUAUCCACGGGAGAAUCGAGUCCCCUACAUGAAAAAGAUAUCGAUUGCGAUGACAAUUCCACGAGCGUUACCGACGCGACCAUUAAUAAUGAUCUGAACGAUGCCAUUGUAGGGGACUCAGAUGCCAAGGUCCUGACACUGGCAGAGCACAUCAUAGCGGCCAUGCCCGAGCGCAUCAAGAAUGAAGCCGACGAGAUGAUGGUGCUGGGCAGUCCACUGACGGAGCCGCUCACCUCAGAGUCCUCGGCACUAACGGAUAGCUUUAUGGAUCCACUGCUCGACUCCUUGCCCAACACACAUUUCGAGGGCGACUUCAGUUUUGACUUUCACGAUCACAGCUAUCGCUAUCAUGACGUGAGCACACCUUGCUCCAGUCUCAGCCCCGCCAGCUCGGGGCCAUUACAGUCGCCGGCCAGCUAUUCGAUACUGGGCACCGAUCCUUCAGUGAGCUCGCCCAGUCCGCCGCCCUCAACGAAGCAGUUGACAGAGUUCCUGCACGCCUCCAGCAUUGCGCAGUAUCCCUUUGAGGCGGACUUCUCCAAGCUAACGCUCACAGACACGGAGCAGCGAGAGCUGUACGAAGCCGCCAAGUGCAUUCAGAAGGCCUAUCGCUCUUACAAGGGGCGGCAGAAGCUCGAGGAGCAGAACAAGGAGCGCACAGCAGCCGUGGUCAUACAGAACUACUAUCGGCGGUACAAACAGUACGCCUACUACAGGCAAAUGACGAAUGCGGCUCUGGUCAUACAGCAUGGCUAUCGCUCGUACCGGCGCAACAAGCGCUUCAAGAAGUCGCAGCACCCGUCGGGUGGCGUGGAUGGCUUGGGCCAUGGGAGCGAGCACGGCAGCGUCAGCAGCAACUCCCAGUGUUUGUCGAGCUUCUACGAUCACUACAAGCAGGAUCAGCAGCAGCAGCAGGAGCUGAGCUCGCAGCCCAGCACCCCCAAGGAGACCAGUCCGUCGGGCCCCCUGAAGCGAACUUACUCACAAUCAACACAGAAUCAAGCUGCCAGAAAAAUACAACAAUUUAUGAGACAAUCACGCAUUAACAUUUGGGAUGAGAACUUUACUACUUUGACUUCAGAGAGAACGAGCCGAAAAAGAGAAGCUGGUGCACCAACGCAGGGCGGAAUACCUUCGAAACUUGCAGUAUCAAGAUCAAGGGCAGCAGGAAAUGUUAAUCUGCCCCAGCGAUAAUUGAAAAUCUACUCCAAAUAACAGCAACAAUCUACACCAAAUGUAAUUUAACGAUAUUCGAGAACGACGAAUACAGCGCAUCCAUUUACAUAGCUUGCAACGGAGCGAACUUUUGAAUACGAAAUGCGAACGAAUCUAUGUUCAUUAAGAAUUUAUUAAUAGCUUUAACUAUUGAGUGAAACUUUCUACUUUCAUAAUUGUUUACUAAGACACCGAACCUAGCUAAGUGCUGCACUUUGUAGUGUUAUCUACUUUACAAUUUUCCAACUAAGUAGCAAAUCUGGCACGUCUACUCAUUUGCAUAACGAAUUUUAAUGCGUAUUAUUUCGAAAGGGAAAUUGCUUUGCAAAUCGAAAAUCGAAACUUUUUAAACGUAGCGUAUGUUAGGUUAGUGGUUUAGUGAAUGAACCAAAUCGAAACCUCUUUAAAAGAAAAGAACUUUUCCAUUUGUCAACUCAAAAGAACUUAUAAACGAAGCCUUUGAAAACUUUUUAACUCCAAGCGUAGUGGGAAACUUUAGUCUAUGAUUAUAUUAUUAUACACAUAAAUACAUACAUACUAUAUACAUAUACAUAACAAAUUGAAACCAAUAUAACGCCUGUACGUACGUGUAUAUCUAACUAUAUAGUUACACUUGUAUAUAGAUAUAAUUCUACUUGAAAAUAACAAACCAUAUGCUAGUCUAUUUUUAUGUAUUACCGAGCAACAUUUCAAGUCAGCUCUACCAAAUAAGCCUGUUUCCAAAACAUCCUCUAAAAAAAACUAAAACCUAUGUAUUUUUGAAAUUUGAUUCUUUGCUAGUUGGUAUUACAAAACUGUAGUAGCUGCGCUAUGCUCUGAUCCUCUCAAUUAAGUCAAAUGUUGUCGUUGAUUUCUAAAAUCAAAACAAUGCAUAUUGUUUGGUGUGCAGAAGGAGCAGCAGCAGCAGCAAGCGGAGGAUUUAUGAAGAUGAGAAAAUUUCUUUUUAGCAUAUUGUUAAUUUUUUAUACCUCUGCAUUGUUUUACACGCGCCUGUACUUAAAGCUAUACACGUGUGCUAAGUUUUAAAAUUAUUGUGACUUUAUAGUGUGUAAGCCUAGCUAAUUGUAAAAAGAAAACAAAUCAGACACAAAUAUGAUCGCCAUGUUAAUGCAUGCAAAUCUAUCUAAUCGAACUAUGUGUAUCUAACUACUAACGAUUGAUAAUGAUCAUUCUAAGGUGGGAAAUGAAUGUUGAUUUGAUUAUUUAAACACCAAACACUUGUAAUAAAUCGCUAACAACAAAACAAAAACCAAAAAAACUAAAAAAAUGAAACAAAGCUAAAACAGAAAUGAAUUCUUAACUAAAUGUAACAAUAAAUGAAUUUUUGUAAAUUAUUUUUGUCCGUCCACAUUGUUAGCUUUCAUAAUAUAAACUAAACAACAACAAAUAAAUAUACAUGCAUGAAUGCCAGUAAUAUAAAUGGAGAAACCAUAACGAAUAGUGAGCAAAAUUUUAAUGCAGUGUUGAAGUUUGAUUAGAGAAGCAGACAACUGGCGUAUAUACAAACAAACAAACUUAGCAAUUUUUAAAUGUGGAUGUACCCAAAGGAUUCACGGCUAUAUAUGAAGCAACAACGUGGUCCUCUGCGCAUGCUGAACUUGUCAAUUCUCAAACGUUCUUGUGAUUUUCAAAUGUAUUACCUACAUAAUACUACUAAUGAGUAAAGUGUUUAGUUUAAUUAACUAUUUGUUGAUUUUGUUUUGUUUCUUUUUUCGAGGCCACCAAGUACUUACAAGUAGAAUGUGCGUUGCUUUAUAUAAGCUUCGAUCCUUGGCAUACAUAUGUACAUACAUACAACUUAUAUAGACAUACCUCCAGCACGCCUCAGACAAUGAAACGAAUAACUCUUGUCAUUUACAAGUAUAUAUGAAAUAAAAUAAAUAUCGAACACAAACUUUUUACAUGGAUAACACAAAGUACAUACGAUAAUAUGUAUACUUAUAAAAUAGAUGCCCAGUUUUAAAAUCCAGUGUACUCCAAAUUGAAUAUAUAUUGAAGUUGAAGUUACAAUAGCUCGCAUGUUUUGGGAAUUAAUCAUUUGGAAAUAACUCGUUGCAAUGGGCUGUGUGUGUUACCAAUUAUCCUGUGGAUUAUCACAAACAAAUAAGUCGAACCAAAAGAUAAGUAAAAAGUAUUCUGAAAACAAGUUGCAACAAUACGCAGUUGUUCACAAAUAUUUAAUUGUUAACUAUUAAACUAUAAACUAAUUCUAAUUUGCACUAAUCAAGAACUUCAAUUGCAUUUUUUUGCUAUUACUCCAACUCUAAACUAAUUAUAAAAAGAAGACUAAUAAUAUUUCACUACUUAAUGACUUAACAAAUUGCAAUCAAUUUUAAAACGAAGGGCGAAAAUGUGACGCUGUUUUGUUACUCGUUAGAAGCGUUAGUCAGGGUGUUAAUACUUAUAUUUGCAAUAUUUGCACAUACACCGUAACACAAGCAUACAUAAUUAGUGAAUUGCUACCCGCAUACACACACACACACACACACACACACACAUACACAUAUAAACACAAACAUACACACACACACACACACACACUUGGACACAUUUGAACAAUUUUUGAAGAGGGCGUAACAGAGUGCUGAUUGAAAAGUGUGUGGGUUAUAACUUCAAAGUCUAGCAGAAAAUCAGAAAAGCAAAUAAAAAACUUAAAGUACCUUAAGCCAAUUGGCACUAAAACUCAAAUAUAUUUAACAACUUAACUAAACUAACAAACUAUGCCUAACUAUAUACACACAUACAUACAUAUUGAAUGAAAUGUGUA